AUCUAACGCUGUUAUGAGAAACGUCACUGUCGCUGCCACUCAGAUGACCUGCACGCAAGUUGUGGAUGAGAACAUUGCCAAGGGAGAGAAACUCAUUCGUGAAGCCGCGGCUAAGGGCGCGCAAGUUAUUCUGUUGCAGGAGCUUUUCAGCGAUUGGUAUUUCUGCCAAGACGAGAAGCAGUCUUCCUUCUCGAAGGCCGAACCUGCUGGCACCAGCAAGCUGAUUUCUCACUUCAGAAAAGUGGCCAAGGAAUUGCAGGUGGUACUCCCCAUCUCCUUCUUCGAGAGAGACAAUCAGGCCUUUUACAACUCGAUUGCCAUCAUCGACGCGGACGGAGAGGUCUUGGGAGUAUACCGAAAGAGCCACAUUCCCGAUGGACCUGGAUACGAAGAGAAGUUUUACUUCAGCCCAGGCGACACGGGCUUCAAGGUCUGGGACACGAAAUAUUGUAAACUUGGCGUUGCCAUUUGCUGGGAUCAAUGGUUCCCCGAAGCGGCACGCAUCAUGGCUCUGAUGGGCGCGGAGGUGCUGAUGUAUCCCACCGCCAUCGGCAGCGAGCCGCAGGACCACUCGCUGGUCAGCAGCGGGCAUUGGCGUCGCACGAUGCAGGGCCAUUCGGCGGCGAACUACGUGCCGGUGGUGGCGAGCAACCGCAUCGGCGAGGAGUUCGGCGAUAACAGUAGCAUCAUGUUCUACGGCACCUCGUUCAUCACGGGUCCCACGGGCGAGGUGGUGGAGGAUGCAGAGGAUAAGGUGGAUGUGGUGCUGACGCACACGUUCGAUCUCGAUCAGAUCGCCGCGGCGCGAGCCAGCUGGGGAAUGUUCCGAGAUCGCCGACCGCAGCUGUACAAGCCGAUCCUGUCGUUGGAUGGACACACCAUCCAGUUGUAAUUAGCGUCUUUU